AUGCGGAAGGGGUGCGUAUUCAAUCCAUGGGUUAGACGGCGCUCAUGCAGCGACCAGGUUAUCCUUGAGCAAAAGGUCAAAGGCCCCAGUCCCCAGCGGGACCUGUUUCCCCAUGAUAAUGCACUCGCUGACGCCCUUAAUGGGGUCACGGCGGCGGUGGACGGCUGCCUCAAACAGGUGUUCGUUGGUCUCCUCGAACGACGCAAGCAUCAGCGUCGACGCCCGCAUCUUUUGAAUGCCGAACCUAUUGAUGCCAAUGACCUCGCCGCGGAACGUCAUCACGUCACCAAGCAGUUUCAUGUAACGCUUGUCGAUGUCGAUGGAGUACGCGUCCAUGCACUUCUGGAUCUCGCUGAUGAUGACGCUGCGAGCGGCUUCGAUGCCGAGCACCUUGGCCACCUCGAGCACGUGGUUGCUUUUUACACCAGUAGACAACACUCCAGCGGCGCCUAUGACCUCUUGGAGGCCGUAUCCCUCUACCGCGAGCUGGUAGUGGAACCCUUCUGCGCUUGUUUCCUUCUUUAUGACGGUCCGCCUGACGUUCUUGCCGCCGGCGACCAUGAUCUGCAUCAGGCUGGCGAUGAGCGCAUGUUGCUGGAAGAACUGCUGCUGAUUCGCCGCAAGGUCCAUGCUCAACUUCCACUUGUCUAUGACGUGCACGCACUGCUUGCCCAGCUUGAACUUGACCUGGCCCAGGGUGGUCUUUUCGAUUCUCGCCUUGACGGCCAGCGCGUAGCCGAAAUCGCGGUUGUUGAGCAGCGGUACCUCGAUAAUGGGCGUCUGGAUGGUGUUGGCGGCGUUGAUGAUCUCCUUGAUACGGGGCACACCCAGGGUGACGUUCAUGGACGCCACUCCGGCGAAGUGGAACGUCUUGAGGGUCAUUUGCGUACCGGGUUCGCCAAUGGACUGCGCUCCCAGGGCGCCAAUGGCUUCCCCUGGGACGCAGAUUGCCUUCUGGUAGUCCUUCCAGCAGCAGCGGACGUACUCGAACACCUGGCGCACGGACAGUCUGUGCUGGCAUUUUAUCAUGCCCAUCCGAUACUCGGUGGGUGUCAUGCCGCUGGCGUAGAAGUGGUUGCAGAUGUCGGCAUAGCUCUGCUGGAUGCCCAUGCCAUCGGCCCAUUUCCUCAGAGUCUCGAUGAUGGACGAAUUGUAGUCCUCGAAGUGGUCCUGAAUCGCCGAUGGCAGCACUUCCUUGAGCAUCGGGCUCAGGAACUCCACCCAGGCGACGAUCUCGUGGGGGAACAGCGGCAGGUUUCGCUCGCGUUGUCCCAGGGUUUUGUACACGGCGAAGAAUGCCCUCAAAUUGUUCAUGACCUGUUGCGACCUGGACCCGUCGACGAGGCCGGAUCUUGCGCUCGCAUUCUUGCCCCAGCUGACAAGGGUUUCAACCUUCUUUUGCAGCUGGAUGGUGUCGAUGAGACCCUCCCUGCCGGACAUGGUAUGGAAGAAAAACUCCUCCGGUCCCAGCCCAGAAAAGAAGGAGUUUGCCACGAAACCCCUGCUCUUGGCGUCCAUACAGCCGAUGUCGAAGUGGGGAAGCGUACGGCCGAUGAAACCGUUUUCGAUACGCUGUCCAGACACGUUCUGCUGUCCGACCAGUGCCACCAUCUGUGCGAUGUUGAUGAGCGCUCCUUUCGCGCCCGAGUUGAACAUGAUGAGCGGCUUGUUGUCGGCCCUCAGGUUGGAGUUGCAGGCUUUUCCGGCCUCGUUUCUGAGCUCGUCGAGCACCCGCUUGACCUUGAGCUCCAGAGUCUCCUCCCGGGUACAGCCGGGCAACGCCUGCAGGGUGUCGAAGCUCUCGAUGGCCUCAGAAACCUUCGUGUACCCAUCCUGGAGCAGCUUCUCCUUCUGUCUCAGCAGCUCCUUGCCGGGUCGGACGUCAUCGAGCCCGAUGGUCAUGCCGAAACCGGCGAGCCACCUGCUGGUCAGCUUGGACACCCUAAGCAUGCAGUCUGCCGCGAUGUACCGAUUGUUCCUCGUAAGCAGCUGAUAGAACAGCCCGCUCUUGGACGCGCCUAA